AUGGUGCCAGUGGCUAUCGAAGGGUGUACCCAAGGGGCUGAAGGUGGCGGGGCCCGAGGCGGUUCUAUUUCACUCGGAUUGUUAAUAGAUUUUAUAGUGCAACGAACAUAUGAUGAGCUUACAGUUUUGGCAGAAUUGUUACCACGGAAAACUGACAUGGAGCGCAAAAUUGAAAUUUAUAAAUUCAGUGCAAGGACAAGACAACUCUUUGUUCGCUUACUUGCUCUGGUAAAGUGGGCCAGCAGUGCCACAAAAGUUGAUAGAUCUGCACAUAUCAUGGCAUUCUUAGAUAAACAAGCUCUUUUAUUUGUUGAGACAGCUGAUGUCCUGGCUCGUGUAGCACGGGAGACAUUGGUCCAUGCCAGGUUGCCUACUUUCCACAUGGCAGCUGCUGUAGAAGUUUUAACUUUAGGCACCUACAGUCGCCUUCCAGCAGUAAUACGUGAACGGCUUGUGCCCCCACCAUCGUUAACACCCGCUGAACGACGAUCUACAUUACGUGCUCUUGCUCAUGUUGUCCGACAGCGUUUAACAACAGCGUCGUUACCUAGCGAUGUUAGAAAUUUAAAGGUAGAAAAUGGGAGAGCCACAUUUUCCAUUGGUCAAGAGUUUAGUGUUUCAUUAACAGUCAUGGGGGAUGCGCCUAAUUUGCCAUGGCGUCUGCUGGACAUUGCUAUACUUAUACAGGAUAAUGAGACUGGAGAGGGAAAACCUUUAGUGCACACGUCACAGUUAAACUGGCUCCGUGGGGUGGCACAGGCUCGUCUAGCCGCUGCUGGCUUAGGUGGCGCGCUAACAGCCCUCCGAUACUUUUGUCGUGCCCUUUCCUUAGAGCUACUGUAUACACAGACUUUAAGAUUAUGUCGUGAUCGUUUAGCACGUCAUCUCCAAGUCGACAGAUACAUACCUGGACAAAAGUUGCAAGUUUCUUAUUGGAGGGAGCUGGGAUGCGAGCUCGGCUACAGACUGAUAAUAGGCGCGGAAGGCGAGACUCUGUGCGUGUGGCACGUGCCGGCGCUGGCGGGCGGCGAGCGCGUGGCCGCCGCGCUCACGCCGCACGCGCCGUCCAUGGAGCGGCUGCUGGCGCACACCGUGCACGUGCGCUCCCGGCAAAGACUUAACGAUUUGAAAGUACUCCUCAAUGAUUUAGGGGUGGAGUGCAGCGUGGGCGGGUGGCCGUGCGUGCUGGCGUGCUCGGUGGUGUGGCCGUGCCUGCGCGCGGAGCAGCUGCUGGUGUCGGUGGGCGCGCACGGCGGGCGCCUGCGCGCGCGCGUGCCCGCCUACCCCGCCACGCCGCGCAUGCCCGCGCUGGCGCGCGCGCUCGCCGCCGCCGACCGUCGCGCCGUACGCGACUUGCUCACGCAUCUCAGAUUCUGGCUGGUCGCACGUAGAUGCGAAAAAACGUUGCAACAUUUGCCGGCAAGUGUUUGCGAACACUUGCCUUUCCUUCACGGACCUGACCAUCCACUCAAUAAGCUUUCCCCCGAUCGUCUAUACGUCACUUUACACAGACAUACAGAUCAUAUAUUAGUGGUAGAAAUGAAAGAGGUGGCGGCGGGCGGCACGGCCACCACCAGCUCGAGCAGCAACAGCGGCAGCGCGUGCAGCGUGGCGCUCGCCUUCCACCUGGCCGGCGCGCGCCGCUGCACGCCCGAUGAGUGCGAGGAUGAGAAUAACACAGCAUCCUCUACUGCAGCAUCGCCCGCUACGGCUCGCGCCUUCUUGAAAUUGCAUUCACUUGUUGAAUUGGACACAUUCACACUGACACAUGGUCCCUUCACGCCGCUAGACACUCCGGGCAUGCAGCCAGGCAAGCGCAAGUUGUCCGCUGCUAACAGUCGCUCAGUGCGCGUGCGCCAGCCCGCCUACUUCCUGCCCGAGCUGGCGCACGUGGUCGCCGCCGCGGACGAGCGCGUACCUUUCGUCAACCUCGCUCAGGAGCUGGCGGCGCGCGGCGUGACGCACGGUGGCGUGCAGGUGGAGUGGUCGGGCUCGGCGCUGGGCAUGCGCGUGGUGGCGCUGCCGCGGCCCGAGGGUGCGGGCGAGGGCGCGGCGGCGGCGCUGCGCGCGCGCCUACUCGCCGCCACCAUACGCCUCACCACCAAGAACCAGGCGCGCGUGUGGACCGCCGAGAUCGUGUUCCACGGCUCGCCUGUGCCCACGCCCAAUCCGAAAGAGCAAGGCGAAAGACGAUGUGUGUACCUCCAAUAUGAACUCGGCACGGAUGCAGGACGUACAGCGGAUGCAUUUUUAGCCGAUUGGGCUGCUAUCGUCCAUCUACACACUCUUUUGUAUGACUUUAUGCUCCGGCCUAGUCAAGAACGCGAGUCGCUGUGGCAAGGCGUGUGCAUCCGCUCGUACACGUACCGGUCGCUGGUGCUGGGGUUCGGCGCGGCGCAGCGCGCCACCGCCGUGCUGCAGUGGUCGGCCGCGGCGCAGCGCUACACCGUGGCCACGCCCGCGCACCAGCCCGCCGCCAACGCGCACCAUCUGCUGCAUCAUCACCUCGAUCAUUAUAUCAACUGGCACAAAGACCUAAUAUCGCUGGGUGUGGUGCUGCGCGAGACGUACGCGCCGCUGCUGGCGCUGAGCCGGCUGCCCGCGCUGCCGCAGCUGGGCCUGCACCACGUGCGCACGCUCAUGCCCACGCCCACCUUCACGCUGCUCGCGCACUCCUGGCGGAAGAUAAGAAUUAUAUACGCCGGUGCAUAUUCAAUUGAAGUGGGCAUUAGAGGUGGCAACAUGGUUACAAUACGCGACGGCGCGUACUCUAAAUUUGACAGAAGCACAGUUGUCGAUGAAUUCGCGCCUGCACUUGGUUUAAAGACAUUCCUCUCAAGAUACGUUGACGAUAGCAUCAGCGCCAGGCUGUUAGCGGAAGAUGACAAUCCGCCAUCACCGAUGUCUCCUAUGCCACCAGGUGGACUACGUUUCCCCGCGCCUCUAACUCCUCCACAGCCGCACACGCCGCACUCAGCGCCCGUCACUCCACACCCGGCGUCGCCGGCACAGCAUCAGAUGGGCGGUGGAUCGUUCAACCUGACGUCCCCGCCGGGCGCGCCGGGCACGGCGGGCGGCGCGGGCGGCGCGGGGCUGUCGGCGUCGCCCGCGUCGCCGCUGGCGCCGUCCCCGCUGGCGCCGGCCGCGUCCCCGCACCCGCCGCCCACCUCACCCUUCACCGCGUGGCCCGCCUCGCCCUCGCUGCCGCGCCCGUCGCCCGGGCACCACCCCUCGCCGCGGCACCAUCUUGAUCAUAAAGGUCCACAAGCCAGUUCAAGCACAGCGAGCGGGCGUGGCGCGGGCGCGGGCGGCGCGGGGCGCGCGUGGGGCGCGCUGCCCGGCACGCCGCUCGCCGUCAGCAAGCUGGAGGCGCUGUGCUCGCCGUGCGAGCCGCCGCCCGGCGCGCCGCCCGGCCCGCCGCUCGCGCCGCUGCAGCGCUUCCUGGCCUGCGUCUAUAUGAAGCGAGCGCUGCUGCGAUUUGUGCACCAGGAGGAUUAUCUAACAAUGGUGUCUACGGACGCGACGUCGCUGACGUUCCGCUGCGACACGGCAGGGCUGGCGGCGCGCGUCACGCUGCACCCACAGCACAUGCAGUCGCUGCACCUGCAACUCACGCCGCUCGCUGACGUCAAGGACAACUGGUCCGCUGACGACUUACAGGUGAUGGAGAAGUUUUUCGAGCAGCGCGUGGCGAUAGCGCCGUACCGCGCGACGGCGCUGCAGGGCUGGGCGCGCGCGUGGGGCGCGCCGGCCGCCGCGCUGCCGUCGCUGGUGGCGCUGAUGCGCGCCGAGCUCGUGCCCAUCGCGCCCGCGCUGUGGACGCUGCACUGGGUGCUGCGCAUCCCGCCCGCCGGCCCGCAGAUCGUGCCCGCCGGCCAGCCCGCCGUGCUGCUCGCCAAGCACAAGAUACUCUUCUUUAUUUGCCUAACACGUGGCGAGACGCAGCUGGUUCUGCCGCUGGUGUACGACGUGCAGUCCAAUGCGAUGCAGAUAGCUGAGCGACGAGACGCACAACAACCUCAUCUCAUCGCCGUCAACUUACAUUUAAAACGGUUUGCGGAGUUCAGCCAGUCGCACGGCGAGUGCAUCCUGUGGCCGGCGGUGCGCGACUUGCUCAUCAACUUCACGCUGCCGCAGGACGCGCCGCAAGCGCCCGCGCCGCCGCCGCCA